GCUGAAUGCCCAAAGGACGUGACUGGCUUUAGUAGGAUUUACCAAUAGUAGGAUCUGUAAAUCCCUCGCGCGCUGCCCAGGCAAUGAUACACUGUUCAUUUCAUUUACGGCAAUUCACGUGCACGGAGUAUUUGGAUGGAUUGUACUCCUAUCGUAUAAUAUGCAGAGAGGAAUCAGGAUAUUACUUACUUCAUUAAUUGUCGCAGCUGUUUUAGAUGUUGUCCAAAUGUCCACUGAAAAACUCCUUAUCAAGAAGCUGCUCACCGAAUACAAGGAACGUGGAAUCAUGGGAAGACCAGUAGAGCGUCACCAAGAGAUCCUAACCGUCAAGUUUGGACUGAGUCUGAUACAGAUUCUGGAUCUGGACGAGAGAAAUCAAGUACUGACAACCAACGUAUGGGUCACUUACCAAUGGAAGGAUAUUUAUAUGACUUGGAAUCAAUCUGAAUAUGACAACAUCACAAAGAUCAGAGUUCCAAAGGGCAGCAUUUGGGAACCCGAUAUAAAACUGUACAACUACGCUGAUGAGAGAAUGGAGGAGAGAAGAGACGCCAAUAUGGUUAUUGAAAGCGAUGGAACCGUGCUAUGGAUUCCACAAGCAAUCUUUAAAAGUGUCUGUAAAAUAGACAUUAUGUACUUCCCGUUUGAUAUGCAGACUUGUAAACUAAAAUUCAGUACAUGGAGCUACGAUGGCGGACAAAUCGACUUAAAGGAGCUGUACGGGGUCGAAACUGGAUUUGAAUUGUCAGACUACGUGGAGAGCAACGAAUGGAAUGUCCUUGGAUCUGGCGUCGACAGAAACGUCAUCACUUACGCUUGUUGCCCGGAUGCUCCUUACGUCGACAUUACCUUCUAUAUUCGAAUUAAACGAAAACCUGCAUUUUAUAAUUACAUUUUAAUUCUUCCUUGUAUUCUUCUGUCAUCUCUAACAUUGGUGCUUUUUUGGCUGCCACCAGAGUCACCUGCGAAAAUGCAAUUAGGAAUGAAUAUAUUUGUCGCAUUCUUUGUCUUACUUCUUCUCCUCAACGAAUCAACUCCUCCGGCAUCGGCUUCUAUACCUCUGAUCGGUGCUUACUAUUGUCUGAACAUGAUUAUGAUUACUCUAUCCACCUUCUUAUCCGUUGUCAUUGUAAAUCUUUACUUCCGGGGGUCAAAGUCACGUGUCCCAAGACCUAUAAAAACGAUAAUGGUUGACUACAUAGCAAGAAUAAUGUGCAUGCAUGAACAAGUGAAGACAAAAAAGAAAAGUGGACAAGAAAGCAAUGGAAUUGUUGUCAGAGGAGGUAACCGAAAGGAUAAAAAUGGAAAGUAUGACAAAGUGGGAUAUUAUGAAAUGCAAGCCGAAAAUAGCUGGAAAGAGCAACCGAAUGGCGUGUUGAAUAAUGAACAAACGAAUUUCUGUGAACAGGAUAAAAACGAGAUGUCUAGCAGUUUGUCCGGACAUUUUGAUACUAUGUCCAGUGACGUGAAAGAAAUCAAAACAUAUCUUAAGAAGAUGAUUGAUAAAAUCACCGACAAAGAUGCCAAAGAGGUGAUAGCCAGAGAAUGGAGAAUUGUCGCCCUUGUUCUGGAUAGACUUUUCUUCUUUUUGUACUUUUUCGCCAUAGUGAUCUCCGUCUGUCUUGUGUUUGAGAAUGUAUUGUUUGAUACAACCGAUUAUUCACAACAGAAACAUAAUCAAUAACAUAAUAAUAUGCUGAUUUUUUCAUGAUAUUCUGUUUACAUGAAGGUGAUUCGUCCAAAUAUCAAGAUAUGAUGUGUAUUUUCUUUCAUGUAUUUUGUCCAACAGAUCGAGUUUGUUAAUAUUACUAUCAGCAAUUUUUAUAAGAGUAUUUUUUUUUAAAUAUGUGAACUAUCAUCAUGUUAAAAAAAAAUUGACAGUAUCCAUUUUCAAUUUGAACCAUUUCAAGACAUGCCAAAAAAAGUUGAGUCUCAAGGUAUUAUACUUUGAUCCAAAGAACCAGGGGGAAAAUAAUGUUACCGUCACUGUGUUGACAGAAGCGGUCUUUUUAAGAUGGUUGUACAUUUUAUGUAAAUAUUUUCUGUAAUAGAUGUUUACUGCUUUUAGCAGUUGUUCAUAACAGCUCUUCCAUCCAGUGUUCACUCACUAUAGAAUUUGUUUUUGUUUAGCACCGAGUGUUAGAUGCAAUUUUAUUACAAAACGCAAGACAUUUUCAAUGCAAUAAUUUAAAUGAUUCGUUUUAUACGCAUGCUAGUAAUUAUACAACUGUUAGUCUGUCCGAAUUUGAUAGCACUAAACGCAUUACUCAAGAGUCAUUAUAUUUUUUGUUCAGUGCAUGUUAUGUCUUAUACUAAGAAUACAAAAUGUACAAUUGCACUUAUAUAAUGUUUAAUGAUAUGAAAUUGAAUACAACAUAUGAAAUAUUAUUAAUAAAAUACUAUAAAUCACUAUU